AUGACGAUACCAGUAAAUGUGAUGGAGGUUUCUAGAAUAGCCUUAAACCCUGAACCCCAAAAUUCCAGUCUUGAAGCUCACACAUUAUUCACCCUCAAAAACCCUACAGCCCCAAUCAACUUUCUUCAGCUUCCCUUUGUUUCCUCACCAUUUUUUCUUGAUUUCACCAUGUACAGGUUCGCCGCCACUGCCAUUGCUUCAUCACUAAGGUCAUCUACUUCAAGAAAUCUGGUUGGUAGUAGGGUUUAUGUCAGAAAUUAUGUCGCCAAGGAUAUUAAUUUUGGCACCGGAGCUCGUGCAGCCAUGCUUGCCGGAGUUAAUGACCUCGCGGAAGCUGUAAAAGUUACAAUGGGGCCGAAGGGGCGUAAUGUAAUUAUUCAGAAGCAUGGGAAGCCCAAGGUCACAAAGGAUGGGGUCACGGUAGCCAAAAGUAUCGAGUUUGCAGAUAAAGCAAAAAAUGUUGGAGCGAAUCUUGUGAAGCAGGUGGCCGAUGCGACUAAUAAGGUCGCAGGAGAUGGUACCACUUGUGCUACUGUGUUGACUCAGGCAAUCUUCAGAGAAGGUUGCAAAUCAGUAGCUGCAGGUGUAAAUGUGAUGGAUUUGCGCAAAGGCAUAAAUAUGGCAGUUGAUGCUGUCGUUAAGGAUUUAAAGAGCCGAGCAAUCAUGAUUAGCACACCUGAGGAAAUCGAACAGGUGGCCACUAUCUCCGCUAAUGGCGAGCAUGAAAUUGGUGGACUUUUGGCGCGGGCAAUGGAGAAAGUUGGGAAAGAAGGAGUCAUCACUAUUUCUGAUGGCAAAACUAUGGAUAAUGAGUUAGAAGUGGUGGAGGGAAUGAAGCUAGCCCGUGGCUAUAUAUCUCCUUAUUUCGUUACAGAUUCAAAGACUCAAACAUGUGAACUUGAAAAUCCUUUGAUCCUUAUCCAUGAGAAGAAAAUUUCAGACAUGAAUGCCCUCGUCAGAAUACUGGAGAUUUCAUUAAAGAGAAGCCGUCCCCUGCUAAUAGUUGCCGAAGAUGUUGAAAGUGAAGUGCUUUCUAUGCUUAUUAUCAACAAGCAUCGUGCUGGGUUGAAGGUUUGUGCUGUGAAAGCUCCCGGUUUUGGGGAUAGCAGAAGGGCAAAUUUAGAAGAUCUUGCCAUUCUCACUGGAGGAGAGGUUAUUAGUGAAGAACAAGGGACUGACCUGAGCAAAGUUCAGAUUGAUAUGCUUGGUUCUGCAAAAAAGGUGACUGUUUCUCUUGAUGACACUUUGAUUCUGCACGGAGGUGGGGAUAAGAAGUCGAUAGAAGAAAGAUGUGAGCAGCUAAGGUCUACCAUCGAGAAUAGCAGUGCUGUGUUUGACAAGGAGAAAGCGCAAGAACGCUUGUCAAAGCUGUCCGGUGGUGUUGCUGUUCUUAAGGUUGGAGGAGCUAGUGAAACAGAAGUUGGAGAGAGGAAAGAUAGGGCAACCGAUGCUCUGAAUGCAACUCGGGCUGCAGUUGAAGAAGGCAUUGUUCCAGGGGGUGGUGUUGCUCUUUUGUACGCUACAAGGGUCCUUAAAGACAUCCAAACUGCAAACGAGGACCAAAAAACCGGAGUUCAAAUAAUAGAGAAUGCUCUUAAGGCACCUACAUUUACGAUUGCCUCAAAUGCUGGUGCUGAUGGGGCACUAAUUAUCGGCAAGCUAUUGGAACAAGAUGACCUAAAUUUGGGUUAUGAUGCUGCCAAAGGUCAGUACGUGAACAUGGUGAUGGCUGGAAUUAUAGAUCCGGUAAAAGUCAUUAAGACUGCUUUGUUAGAUGCUGCUAGCGUCUCGUUGCUAUUGACUACAACCGAGGCAGCAGUUACCGAAGCUCAAGGAGAUUAA